AUGAGGGAAUGCUAUGAUAUCACUCCUGUUCUUAAUAAAUCACAACCUUUAGCUGUAAAAGAAUUUUAAUUUGUAAAAAACAACUAUGUUAUUUUCAACUCAAAGAUACCAGAUAUGAAAGGAAUCUAAGACUUAAUUACUGGAGAUUAAAAAAUCAUAUCAAGUAAAUAUUUGGGCUCAUGUGAUAGAUACUUAGCCAUUAACAAUGACUUCUUUAGAAAUGAAAAUUUCGAUGAAUUGAUUCAAAAAGAGUAUAAACCAUUAAUAGAUUACGAAAAAGUCGAAGAAAUUAAAUCAGAAGAUAUUCUGAUAAAAUCUGAUUCAAAUUAUGUAUAUCUUAAUGAUAACCGUUACCUUUUAUGGACUUCAUUCAGGAGAUAAUCAGACCAAGAUAUAUACGCUUAUGGAAAUACUUUUUGCAUAAUGUAUAAUGAGUUUCUUGAAAAAUUAUAUGUCUGUGAUUAGUAAAAAGUAGAAGUCUAGGGUCAUUGCAUUUACUCUUUCAAAUGGAAAGUUGAUUAAAGAAAUUUCAGGGGAAAUGAAGUUUAACUCUGUCUAUGUGAAGGACAAUUAUGUUUAAGUAAAUUCCGAACACGGAGAGUUAUAGGCUUAACUAAUGAAGAAAUCAUCAAGGAGUUGACAUUAAAUGUCGAAAAAUAUUUAAAAUUCAUUUCUGGAUAUGGAACAGUAUUUAAUUUAUUUUAGAAUAAUUUAGCUGCUCUUGAAGUCAUAAUUAAAUAGUUAUCAAUAAAAGAUAGGCAAAUCUUACCAAUUCUUAUUUGCUAGAAAAUGCUGGGUGGAGAAUCUCCUUUAGAUUUCUCAAUUAAGAAUCAUCAGCAAAAGAUCAUUAAUUUAAUUCUUUCUAUGAUUACUAAGUACUAAGAUCAUAUUUUGUUUAACUAGCUUAUUGACAAGAAUUUAUGCGAACUUAUCAAGCAAUAGAUAGACCUACAAGAAUACUUUCAAAGUAAUCUUCCUAAUUAUGAAAUUCUUGAUUUGUCUUUUCCAAGUCAGCAUCCUGAUGAGCAAGAACUGAUUGAAGGAAUUACAUUGGAUAAUCCUAAAGAUGUCCAUUCAAAAUAUGAUGAAUUAUUUGGGAGAAAAUUAAACAAUAAUGCACAACAAGAUGACUUUGUCGCUUCUAUUGAAUAUCAUUUGAUAAAUCUACCUGUUACUUUGAAAGAGAAACCCUAAUAAUUGAUGAAUGUGUUGAGUUAAACAGAAAAUCCUGAAUACUUUGAAAACAAAACCAUUUAAACUAUCAUAAACUUUAAAUGGAACUAGUAUACCAAAUAAUUCUACAAGAACAGAUUCUAUGUAUACUUGAUCUUCAUGGCUUCUUUUAUAUUCGAUAUUUUCUAUUCAACUUAUGCUUCUUAAAGUAAUUCAGACCCAACCUAAUAAGAUGGUGAAGCAGUUUUAGAAACAACUCCUCCUAAUAUAUGGCUCAAAAUCUCCACAAAAGUAAUCUGCGGUGGUGUUCUUAUCUACUUCUUAAUUUAUGAGAUAUAACAAAUCAGAGUUUAAAAAGGAGAAUACUUUAAUGAUGGAUGGAAUUACUUUGACUUUUCUCAUAUUCUUGCGUUUACAACAUUCUGUAUAUUGGACUUUACAAGUGAGAGCCAAGAAUACCUUAUCUUGAUCAAAAUUCUAGUUAUUGUCUUGUCAUUUAUGAAACUAUUUUUCUUUUUGAGAAUCUACGAUGGAUUUAGUUUCUUAGUACAAAUGAUGGCUGGAGUGUUCAAGGACCUCAAAUACUUCAUGAUGUUCUUCAUUAUCAUUAUCUUGCAAUUUGGAAUGAUAUUCUUAGUCCUAUUCUAAGCCAAGUAGAUUGAUGAAUACAACGGUAUCAACAAAUUGGCAUACUUUUUAAUGGCGUUUAGAAUAUCAUCUGGUGACUUCCAGUUAGAUGAUUAUCAUAGUCAAGAAGAUGGUCUAGUUAUUUUUACUUGGAUGAUCUGGCUAGUUGCUGUCUUGACUUUGAAUAUUGUGUUCAUGAACUUUAUUAUUGCUGUUAUUUCAGAAUCAUAUGAGAGAGUCAUGUAAAAGCUAGUAGCUGAAUCUUAUAGAGUAAAAGCUCAUAUGAUUGUCGAAAGAGAAUAACUAUUUAACAGAGAGGGGUUGGAGAGCAUAAGUAACUUCCCAAAUUUUAUAGUAGUCAGAAGACCAUUAAACACAGAGACAAAUGAUGCUGGGGAAUGGUAGGGAUUCAUUAAAGAUCUCAAAUAUACCAUUAGAACUACAGCUGCAAAAUCUAAAGGAGAACUUAUCCAGAGUCUUCACUCAAUUCAGACCUAAAAUGUAAAAAAUGGUCAAAAACUUUAGAAAAUUGAUGAAGCUUUUGAGUUAAAUUCAAAGAAUGUAAGUCUUGAAGAAAAAAUUUCUAAAUUGUAGUAGAAUAGCAAAAAUGACUUUGACCUUUUAAAAUCAGAAUUCAACACUAAAGUUGAUAGUAUUGAUGAUCAAGUAAAAGGUCUGAAGAAUGAUAUGGAAUUCAUUAAGAGUUCUUUGACCUAAAUUCUUCAAAAAGUUGAUCAGUGA